AUGCUCCAGUUUUUGGCGCGCACUCCAUCGACUCAAGCUGAAAAUCCUCGUGAUGCAAUGCUCCGCAAGAGAUCCAGUGAACGAGACCUCGUGGCUACAAACGCUAAUGCAGGAGGCGCUCCUGUGGUCAUCUCUGGUAAGGCGCUAUCUACAACGGUCUCCAACCCGUCUACAUCAAAGAAGUACAAAGAGUUCAAGUUCUAA